UGGUGCAAUUCCGGCAUAUCGCCGGCACGUCGUCGGGACAUUGAGGCUUCGCGAACGGUGACCAGCAGUUGCGAAGCUGAAGCGACAUCGGCGUCCACGUCCGCUCGGCGUAUGUCCUUCCCGAGGCCAUACCAAUCUCCAACGCCGCGCCGGUCACGGCCCCGCUCGGCGAGCCGCCGGCCGGCGACUUAUCGGCACAACGCUCCUGAGUUCAUGCGAGAUCGGGGCCUCCGUUCACGCUGCGCUGCACGGCUAAGCAUGGAACAGGGCCGCACCGAGCUCCGCGUUGGCCGGCCACAGAUUGCAUCGGUGAUAACCCCGGUCGGGGGAGGACAUAUGGCAUAGAGGUUUGUGCGAAACGGUGCGCGGCACGAGUCGGCGUCAGCUCCACACGGGGCCUCAGACCAUUUGAGAGCGGCGGCAGGGGCCGCUCGCGAUGAAAUUCGUCCUGCAGCCCAUC